CAAACAACUCAGCGUGAAAACAAGUAGCGGGCUCUGGGAGCGCAGCGCUUUUUAACAGCCAAAUAUGCCGAAACGAGCCUAUCCAUUCCCAGAAACCUUUUCUUCCCAGUACAAGAUACACAUAGGGCAGUCGGAGUUGAGCAAAUACGGCGUGUUUGGGAACACAUACAGGCAGGAAAUAUACGCCAAAACGAAGAAUUUGCUCUUCGUGGGAGCCAAGGCGGUGAUGGGCUCAAUAUGGACAGGAGAGGAGAAACAAGCCGACCCCCCUGUCAGCAGCCACUCUCUGCUGAGAGGACAGACACUGAUCGGACACGAUGGGAGACUGACGAGAGGGACUGCAGCUCCAGGUGCAGCAGCGGUUCCCUCAGGCUGCUGUGUGUGUCAGAAGAGCCAGGGGUCCCGGACCGUGUGCUCGCAGUGUGACCGCCAAACCUGUUCCUCCUGCACCCGGCUGUGCUCCAGCUGCUCCAGCCUCUGCUGCUCGGUCUGCACCAUCAUAGACUACAGCGGGCGUUAUGAUGAAGUACUCUGCUGCAGCUGCUCUACGUAAAGGAAGACCUGAGCAGCCGUCAGAACUUGAAGCUUGAAUUUAUAUAGACGCCCCACAUGAAUGAGAUAUAUCGACUGCCUUUUUAUACCUCUUUUUUUUUUUAUAUGUGAUCCAGAUGUGUGUGUGUGUGUGUGUGUGUAUAUAUGUAUGCUAUUCCAAAUGUAACUGAAAUAAACUUGACUUUUUGAAUA